UAGCAUUGACGUCAUGACAAUGACUGGGGAGAAGAGAAAGCUUCUAUUGUGGUCCACGGAGGCAAAUAUUGUGAUUGAUAAGAGGUUAUCCAGUUUUCCACCAGUAUUGACUAUAACUGUAUCGAAUAUGAAUCACUUAUUGUUUUUCUAUAAUAGAGCGGUUAUAUCGAGUUCCUUUACUGUUCUGUGAAAGGAGUUAAAUCAUCAUGGAGUUUUCAUAAAGGCCAACAUAGACGGUGGAUUUAAUAGGCCGAUAGCGAAACGAGUCAAGAUUUUUGAAGGAUUGAACCUUAAAAUCUACAUCAGUAAUAAUAGUUAUAUUUAUGUUCAAGCUGGGACUUAAAAUGGCCAGCCAACAAACAUCCAGUCUCACUCUCGCAUGGGAGAAAUACAUGGACUCUCGUGCACAGGGAGCAGAUCUACGUUUGCAUAAACAGUGCACUUAAAGUCUUGUGAAGACUCUUGCUAACACAGUGUGUGGGAAUUCUGAAGGACACUGAACAGCCAUAACAUUUGAAACUGACAGGUCAGUCUGCAGUCUUUGGAGAAAUUUUUGAUUUUGUUCCACUCUAUGCACCAUCUCAGGGAGUCUGGGGUGAAGGAUGCACUGAAAUUCUGCUCAGACAUGAGUGGUGCCAGUAACACACUGGCUAGGGAAUUUCUGACUGAUGUUCACCAGCUGUGUAGUGUGGUGGCUCAGCUUACAGAGACCCACAGGAAGCAGGAAGAGGAGGAGAGUCACAUGGUGGCUCUUGGAGAGUACCUGGUCCAAGGCCGUGGCUUCCUGUUGCUAAGCACUCUGGACGCUGUACUAGAUCAGGAACUGACGUGUCGGGAAGAGCUGCUUACACUUUUGUUAUCAUUGCUACCACUAGUGUGGAAGAUUCCUAUUCAGGAAGAAAAGCUCCCUGAUUUCACCCUGCCUUCACUUAUGGAAGGGCACCCUGUUCGAGAGGAAAAAGCUGCAACUCUGAAUGUGGGAAAGCAUAAAACUUUUUGUGAUGCACAGAACAUUGGAAAGCACCACUCUCACAGUUGGAAGUCCCGGCAUAUACGAAGGACUGCUCAGAGGUAUUCAGUGAGUGAUGUGCACAAAUCCCAGAUCUCCACAUCUGAUUCUGAAUCUAAUUCAGAUGAAAAAUCAGCAAAUACAUGUCCCAAACAUCACAGGUCUUCUGGUUCGUCCAGUCAUUCUAGACUCCAGCAUCAUCAGUUAGUAGUGCUUCUGCAGCAGUCAGUGCAGUAUCCUUGUGUGGAUGGCAUGAGCAGUUUUAGUGGAUCCAGGCCUUAUAUAAGGCAUUUUGAAUCACUGCUGCCCGAUACUAAAAUACUAACUGAUUCUACAGCCUUUUCUAUUUUGAGUGCUGUUGCAAAUACACCGUUUGACCUAUGUCACGUUUUAUUGUCCUUACUGGAGAAAAUCUGCAAACUUGACAUGACUAUCAAUCACAACCCAUGCUUAACUGUUAGUGUUAUUCCAAAACUCACUGAAAUUCUAACAGAGUUUUAUGACUGUUGUGGAUCAGAAGGGGGAAGUGGUCAUGAAGGGGUUGAUGAAGUAGCUGCAGGCUGGGCUGAGGAGCCAGUUGCACUUGUUCAGAGAAUGUUAUUGCGUACCACCCUGCAUUUAAUGUCUUUAAAUUUGGGUCAGAAUGAGGUACUACCCAAUAGUCUGCGGCAAAGCUUAAGAGAUCUACUCAGAGCCAUCUUGAAGAUUCGCACCGGCCUUGAUAAGCAAGCCUUCAAGGCACGAGGGAAUCUAUUUGCUCCUCAAACCAAAACAAAUCUACAAGAGAUGCAAGAAGACAUUUCUUUUUCUAGUUAUCAUCACCAAGCUCUGCUGCUGUCAGAACUCAUUGAGGGUGUUCUUCAGUUUUUGCUUGGUUGCUUAGAAGCCUCUGUCCCAAAUCCUUUAUGUUUCAGCCAGGCCCUAGAAUUAAUUCAUGAGUUUGUGCAGCACCAUGGCCUUGAAAUGUUUGAGGAAACUUGCCUUCAUCUUGAAGCUCUUGGUAAUACUUGUGAUUCUUCAGUGAGUGCUGAGGUUUUGGAACGAUUGCAUGGCAUUAUUUCUGGUGUCCUUAAGAUAAUCAGUGUAGUGAAAAGGGCCAAAUCAGAACAAAUUCACCAGUCAUCAUGUGAGCGACGUUGUCACAAACGCUGUGAGUAUUCCCAAUUGCUGCACCAUCACUGUGACAUCUCAGGGCUGCCUGUACUUGCCUUCAAGCAGGCAAAUGAGGGUAAUGACUUACAAGUGUACUACCCUGAACGUUGUUGCAUUCUGGCUGUCUGUGCUCACCAAUGUCUGCGACUACUACAACGUCUCUCUCCCUCUGGGCCUGCCAUGCUGCAGGUGCUGACGGGUGUGCAAGCUGUUGGUAUUUGUUGCUGUAUGGAACCACUUUCUGUGGUGGCUCCACUGCUUCAAGUAUUUCAAGCCCCAAGUCUGUGCAGCUAUCAGUCCUUUAUUCUCAAUGUACUUAGUAGGUUUGUACUGGAACAGCUAGGAGGAGAACAAUCUUCAGUUAAAGCCGCAAUAACUUCUUGCAUCUGUAUGGACAACUGCCAGAAACUUGGUAUCGAAAAGACUUUGUACGGAAAGGAGAUAGCCUCAUCCUCUUCUCCCUGUUCUUCCCUUCAAUCACAAGUUGUUCUUCCUAGUAGAGGGUCUGAAGAUAUGUACUGGAAAUGGGAUGCUUUAAAAGCUUACCAGGAUGUAGUCUUUGGUAAAGAUUGGCAGUGGAGUAAACAGAUUGCCAGGCAUGUAUGCCAACUGAUCUUAAGGGGAAAUGAAGUAAUACAAUGGAAACUGUACACUUAUGUUUUUUAUCCUAUGCUUCAGAGAGGUGUGGAGUUAGCCCACCAUGCUCAAAAACUAGGUGUGUCCAAGACAUGCAGUCACGUUUGUAGCUAUCACACUCACUGCCUCCCUGUGGAAGUGCUGCUUAUGUAUCUUCAAAUGCUGCCCUGCUUACUCAAGUCAAGCACAGUGGUGCGUGACUUAUUCAUAAGCAGUACUGGGCUGAAUCAGAUGACUGAAUUGACCUAUCUGGACUCCACUAGGCCUUGGGCACUUAAGGUGUUUGAGACAUUGAUUUUAAAUGGCUUUGACCAUGAGACAGAUGUUGCCCUGCAUGGACUGUGUAGUGCAGAAGAGGAAGAGUCUCAAGUGAAAGGUGUUGGUCCACAGAGUUUUAGUAAGUUCUAUGAGGAUCUGAAAGAGGCAUGUCUGAAUAGCAAAUGCAGUAUUAGUGCUGGAAUCAAAUGGAACCAUGGAGGAGCAUAUUUGAACAUUAUUAAUCUUUUUUUGUGUAUGGCCUUCUUAUGUAUAAGCAAAGAAGCUGACUGUGAUAGGGACUCUUCAAAUGACAUUGAAGAUGCCUCAGACAACGUCAAUACAGCCAGUGAACCCUUGGAUGGGGGGUUAUCUUUCCUUUUACCAGAUAGAGUGGCAUUGUCAUCGAAGGAGCACUUAAAGCGAGCAGCAGAUGUAUGGUCCGUAUGCCAUCGGGUGUAUUUGGUGAGCCCAGUAUUCCAGAAACAGCUCUUCAGAUUAGGUGGCUUGAAAGUCUGCUAUCAACUCAUGACUAUGGCUCUUCAGAUACUUACCUUGAAAAUCAAAGAAGACAAGUCUAAGAAAAAGAGUGACAGCAAGGGAAAAAUAAGCCCACACUCAGCCUGUUCAGUCCUAAACCCUGUAGAGAUUGUACUGGAAGCCAUGGUGGAUGGAACACAUGAAACACAACAGCUAGAUUUUAAUCAUUCAAUGAAUCUUGGUCAUAUGGAGGCAACAGUUCCAGCACAGAAGCUGGAAGAAGAGUGGCUUUUACAGGGUUUAAAUCUACUGGAAGCACUUUUAUCCAUCUGUCUUCACAACUCCAAGUCUGUGCUCCAGAAACCUGAAUAUAACAUCUCAUUUCAGUCUGUAGAGGAUAUCCUGUGUGAGGUGAAGGAUCAGCUGUCAAUCUCUGAUGUGGUAAACUCUGACUUGGCUGUUCCCCUGUUUGACAGCCUGUUGCGUGUUGCACUGGCUCAGGUGUCUGCUCCAGUCUUUGAUAUUGAGGAGAAACCUGAAAGGCAUCAAGCCGGUUGUGAGGUCCCAGCUCCAGCUGGAGAUUUGUCUGACGAAGCAGAUGAAGUUCAGUUGUGUGAAGUUCAAGCGUUGGGAGAGGAGAAAGGCUAUGAGGCUGAUAGUGAAAGCAACCCUGAGGAUUCUGUGUUGCUAGAGGAAGGGGUGAAGAUGGAAGUGUUGGACCCAUUAGAUAAACAUUUGUUUGAAUCUGCUGCUAUGGCACAUGGCUCUGGACAAGCCUUUUUGCUUUUUCCACAAAUAUGCCUUAUGGAGCUGCAGCUGCUGGCCAGUAGUUCUCCAGAUCCAGAUGUGCUAAGUCACAUACUGCAAAGUAUUCUGGCAACUGUGAAGAUGCAUCAUUCCAAUGCUGAAAUUAUUUACCAACAGGGUGGAGUAAAAACCAUUCUGACAGGCUUUGCAAACAUUCUCACUCAGUCAGAUUCCUGCUAUAAAGAUUGCCAUACCCUACUGGUGGAGCUGCUGAUUUCAAUGGUGAAAGACAGGAUAACAGCAGAAGAAGUGUCUUUGUUAAUACAUCUCUUCCUGGAGAAGACUCCACCUACUGAGAUUCUGUUGAAUGGCAUUCUAAAGAUGGUGGAGGCUAACACUGAAAUGGAGCCACUACAUUACUUGUCUUUUCCCAUGUUUCUUUACACCAGUGACCACAACACCAGCACAAAUUCCACAGUUGGAGCAGUGGGUACUCUCUGGGGGGUCAAACUGGGUGCAUGUGAGGAUGAGUGUCAUCUCACUCAUUUUGAGGCUUCUCCUUGGCACAUUGCUCCUCUCCAUUUGCCUCUACUUGGACAGAACUGCUGGCCACAUAUGGCCAGUGGCUUUAGUGCCUCGCUUUGGGUAAGAUUUGUGAAGAACAACGGUGAGAACCCUACAGACAGAGCUCAGGUUAUGCCGGGAGUUGGAGAAAAUAACCUCCUCCAUGUUCUUUCUGUUGGCUCCAAAGCCCUAAUGCUGCAAGUGUGGGCUGAUGUUUCUACUGGAGCCUGCUUAUUCAGGAUCUGUAUUGAUCCUAAUGAUGAAAUGAAGGCUGGUCUCCUGGCCCAGGCAGAAUCUUUGCAUGGUGUGUUGAGUGCAGGCCAUUGGCAGCAUUUUGCUCUUACUUACACAGAACAGCCUGAGGGCAAAAAGAACAUCCAUGGUUGCUUGGCACUUUGGGUUUGUGGCAUCAAAAAAUGUGAGGUCUACCUGGACUACACCCUUCCCAGGAAAUCCAGUCUGUCAUCUGAUAGUAACAAGACCUUCUGCAUGCUGGGACAUUACCUCAACAACACAAAAGAGUUGCCACAACCCUUCACAUCCCAUUUGGAUAUGGGCAGUGUGCUUCUUUUUAAUGGUGCCAGAAUAAACACUGGUGAGGCAUUUUAUCUAUAUACAAAUGGCCCUGACCUUACCUCCAUUAUGCCAUGCAAGUAUGGAAAGCCUAGUGGGACAUUCUCCAAUUAUAUUACUCAGGAAGUGCUUGAGUGUGAGCCGCUUCGGGAGCUUCUGAUGGGAAAUUCUGAAAUAGACACUUCAUUUAUCAUUGAGAGCCUAGCUGUUGUCUACUCUCCCAGCAGUCCCUCCAUCUAUACUAUCUAUGAGCCAGUGAUUCGACUUAAAGGUCAGGUUAAGACUCCUGUAGCAUUCCAGAGGCCCUUCAGUCUUAAACAAUUGCAGAGCUCUGUGCUCGAUUCUCAGUCGCUCAGGGAUUUGCAGGCUUCGCGGCCCCUUGGACUCCACAACUGUCUCCAUAAGAUCGGUGGCACUGCUGCUUUCAUCUUUCUCUUUGCUCGGGUAGUGGAGCUAAAUGAUUGUGAGAAGACACAGGCAUUGGCACUGCAGGUUUUGCUGUCACUGGUUAAGCACAAUCAGCAUCGCAUACAUGAGAUGGAGUGUUGCCAUGGGUACUCCAUGAUCCACCAAGUCCUCAUGAAUACCAAAUGCAUUGUGGGAUAUCAUAUUCUUAAGACUCUGUUGGAGGGUUGCUGCAGUGGCUCUAUCCUGUUUGUAAAAGAGGAUGGUCAGUGGCAUGUGGACACAGACUCUACUGCUGUGGUGCAAGACCUGAGGCUGCUCUCAGAAAUACUACUGGAUUGGAAGAUAUGGGCCAAAGCUCAGAGUGGAGUAUGGGAGACUCUUUUGGGUGCUUUAGAAAUUCUUAUCAGAGAGCACCAUCCUCAGCAGGCAUUCAAUAUUCAGCAGCUGCUCAAAGCCCAAGUGGUACAGCGCUUCCUGCUCAGCUGCCAAGUGCUCCAGGAGAAUCAGGAUGAGCACUUUACCUCUGUUCCACAGGGAGUGUGCCUGUCCUUCAUUAAAAUCAUUCAGGAAGUACUCGGUUCGCCCCCUGAUCUGGACCUGCUGUGUUUGCUCUACAACUUUCUUCUGGCUGUUCACCCACCUACAAACACCUAUGUGUGCCACACACCAUCCAGCUUUUACUUCUUUCUACAUAUUGAUGGUAAACUGUACCAGGAGAAGGUCCAGUCCAUGUUGUGUCUGCGUCAGCACAGUAGUGAAGGGAAGUCCACCUGUAGUUCUGUGUUCUCACUCUCCCCAGCUCCAUUUCCUGAGAUAAAAGCUGAUGAUCAUGACGGUGACAUUUUGUUUCACACACCAAACAUCUUUACUCCUUCUCCCUAUUCUUCUUCGGAAAACACCGGCUGUAUGGGGCAGGAUGUUUCUAGCAAAGCUUUCCCUAGGCCUUGUGAACUAGACAAGGCUCCUACCCUGAAUGUGCAGCAUGUAUUUGACAGCACAGUAAUACUGAAAGUUGGAGAGGGGCAGGUCCUAAACAGCCAUGAGUCAGCCAAGGCAAUCUGUGAAUCUCUGGAUAUAGUUGAUGAUGUACGUCAUGCUGUCUCCAUCAGCAUGGGAGGAGAAAAGGAAGCUCAAACAGAGGACGGCAGUGUCAGCACUGACUUGGUUGGAGAAGAGGCUCUGCAAAGGCCUGACAGUCUAAAAGGCAUCCAGUCUUUUCAAAGGAGCCACAGUGACCUUGCUAGCCUUGGUUUGGCCUUUCCAGGACAAAACGUUUCUAUGGUUGUUGGUCGAUGGCCCAGCAUAACUGAUCGCACCACCCCAAAUGAUGAUUUGGAGAGUUACACCUACUCUCCUGGCUAUGACCAAACACACAACAAGACUAGUGACAGGUCUGGUACAGAGGACUUUGUGGUUUUAAUCUGUUGUGGACUUUAUGAUCUGCUGAGAGGUGUCCUGCUACUGCUGCCAGACCUCAUGCUGGAGCAGGUGAUGGAUAAAAUGAUCCAGCCUGAAGCCCUUGUUGUCUUGGUUAACCAUCCGUCCCCUCUCAUUCAACAAGGGGUCCUAAAGCUGCUGGAUGCAUAUUUUAGUCGAGCUCAAAAGGAAGAGAAAGAGAAAUUCAUAAGGAACCAUGGCUUUUCUCUGCUGGCCAACCAGUUGUAUCUGCACCAGGGGACUCAGGGUGUGUUAGAGUGUUUGCUGGGGAUGUUGUUUGGCCGAACUGUAAGCUUAGAGGAGGAUCUUGACCUGGAAGACAUGGAAGGUGUUUCUCCUUUCAGAAAGCGAUCUGUGGUGCCCAUAUUGGGGCUUUUGGAAAACUCUUUGUAUGAAAACUCACUGGUCCACAAUGCCUUACGUGUUCUCCUGCAGCUGCUGAAUGCUUGCCCAAAACUGGCUGAUAUACUGCUUGACCAUGGCCUCCUCUACGUACUCAUAAACACCUUGUCCACACUCAAUGGCCUAGAGAAUGGGAUUCCUCAAAAUGACUAUAGACUUCUUGUAUGUGACAUACAGCAGCUACUAGUGGCAGUGACCAUCCAUGCUUGCAGCUCGUCUGGCUCCCAGUACUUUCGCAUUAUUGAGGAUCUUAUCACCUUGCUGGGUUUUAUGCAGGGCAGCAAAGUAUAUCGCACUCAGGAAAUGGCUAGGGCUUUGCAGUUCCAUAUACUCCUAUCAGCCAUUAACUUCAUUAAGACAACAGCCAAUCAGGACUCUCGGAAGUUGAGUGCCUCUGUCCACACUUCUGCCCCACUGCAGCUCACUGUUCAUCAGAAGCACAAGAGCAUUACAGGCCAGCAGAAAUUCUCCUUAGUACAAUCAGAUUCACUGCUGAUGCGAAUGCGCUCUGUGGCUAAUGAUGAGCUUACCCAAAUGAUGCAACGGCGAAUGAGUCAGGAAAACCCAAUCAGAGCAAGUGAGAGCGAGUUUAUUCAGAGACUGCAGAGACUUGUAGUGCUGGCUGUCAACAGAAUAAUAUACUAUGACAACAGAAAGGAUUUCCUUGACCUAAACUUUCCAGAAUCUCCCGAUCACUCAGUGAGCACAUCCUUAAAUGCUGAGCAAAUAUCAGAGGAAAAUAACCUCACACAUCCUGUUCCUUUCCCUCUUGUUGAUAUGAGAUGUUUCCAGAAAGAUCUUCUCAAGCUCAUGAUGGAGGGCCUAAAAAUCGGGCUGGGCGUUACCGGACAAAGUGGAGCUCCAAGACAGCAAUGGUGUCGCAUUCUUUGGUCCUGCAGGGACACUUUCCGGAUACAAAUUGGUCGGCUGCUGGUGCACACACUUAGUCCUGCUCUUCCUCUCGAGGACAGGAAGAAAGCACUAGAGUUUGUGCAUGAGAAAUAUCAUUCUGACAUCCUCAGAGAAAGCCUCAGUCCUGGACUUGAGCAUGGACCCAAGCUAGCUCUCUACCUGUAUGAGAUGCUUCAUGACCACAAAGAUAGCAUCAGUAAGGAAGAACAGGCAGCUGCAAAUACCUUCAUGACCGCUCUAAAGUUGUGUGGCCAUCGCUGCAUCCCUCCAACUGCACCACCCAAACCAGACCUAGACAAGGCAAUCAGAGAGGAGCAACUCAAAUAUGAGUUAGAGACAAAAACAAGCAAAGGUGCAUGGGAGAAAAAACUGGCCAGUGCCCAAAAGAUUCUAAUGCAAAGAUUGGAUGGUAAAUCAAAGGACAUUUCCAAAAUUGCAACAGACAUCACUCAGAACAUGUCUCUUAGACAAGGCAUAGAAAGGAAGAAGGUCAUUCAGCACAUCCGAAGCCUUUACAAGACUGACCUGAGUGGCAGCCGACAUUGGCAAGAGCUGGUGCUGCAACUCACCCAUGAUCGCGCAGUGUGGUAUGAUCAGUCCUCUUAUCCAACAUCGUGGCAGCUGGAUCCGACCGAGGGCCCCAACAGGGAGCGCAGGCGUCUGCAGCGAUGUUAUCUCACCAUCCCUAAUAAAUAUCUUCUCAAGGACCGCUGUAAACCAGAGGACCCUAUCAAGGCCCCACUUUCUUACCUCUUUGAAGAAAAGACCCACUCAUCUUAUUUUUCCACAGUGAAGGAUAAAGCCACUAGUGAGCCAAUCAGAUUCACAAGGAAGUGCAUGAAUGUAGCACCCUCCAGAGAAACUGCAGGAGAAUUGUUGCUGGGGAAAUCAGGGAUGUACUUUGUGGAAGACAAUGCAUUUGAGGCCAGUUAUAGCCAGCAGAUUCCUCUGGGAGAGAUGGAGUCUGCAUCCUUCUGCUGGACUUAUGAGGAGAUAAAGGAAGUACACAAACGCUGGUGGCAACUUAGAGACAAUGCUGUAGAGAUCUUCCUCUCUAAUGGCCGAACUCUGCUUCUGGCAUUUGACAAUACAAAGGUUCGUGAUUAUCUCUACCACAGCAUCCUCAGUUCUGAGCUGCCCAACCUGCUAGAAUAUGAUAAUAUAAAUGCCCUCACACACUUGUGGGGCACCAGCCAGAUCACCAAUUUUGAGUAUCUCACCCAUCUCAAUAAGCAUGCUGGGCGCUCUUUUAAUGACUUAAUGCAGUAUCCUGUCUUCCCCUUCAUCCUGAGUGACUACACUAGUGAGAUGUUGGACUUGCAGGACCCAACCAUUUACAGAAACCUGAGCAAACCUAUUGCAGUACAGUCAAAAGAGAAAGAGGACCGAUAUGUAGCCAACUACAGGUAUUUGGAGGAUGAAUAUAAGAAGGGUGCACGUGAGGAUGACCCUAUGCCCCCUGUACAACCAUACCACUAUGGUUCCCACUACUCUAACAGUGGGACCGUGUUGCAUUUCCUAGUCCGCAUGCCUCCCUUCACCAAAAUGUUUCUGGCCUAUCAAGACCAGAGCUUUGAUAUUCCUGACCGGACCUUUCACUCCAUGAAGACCACAUGGAGACUCUCCUCUUAUGAGUCCAUGACUGAUGUUAAGGAAUUGAUCCCGGAGUUUUUUUAUCUGCCAGAAUUUCUGGUGAACAGAGAAGGUUUUGACUUUGGAAUUCGUCAGAAUAGUGAGAGAGUGAACCAUGUGAAUCUGCCUCCAUGGGCCAGGAAUGACCCACGACUCUUCGUGCUGAUCCACAGACAGGCUCUUGAGUCUGAGCAGGUGUCUCAGAUGCUCUGCCAGUGGAUAGACCUGGUGUUUGGAAUGAAACAGAAGGGCAAGGCUGCUAUCCAGGCUAUCAAUGUGUUUCACCCUGCGACAUAUUUUGGAAUGGACGUUUCAGCAGUGGAGGAUCCUGUACAGCGGCGGGCCCUAGAGACCAUGAUUAAGACCUAUGGCCAGACCCCCAGACAGCUGUUCCAAACACCACACAUUAGCCGAGCUGGACAUAAACUCAUAAUUGAGGGAGAGUUGCCUGCUGCCAUGGGCCUACUGGUACAGCUGGCGUUUAGAGAGAGCCGUGAUCCGAACAAGGAUAUUGUCCACCCGAGUCCUUUACCAUGGAUUAAGGGCUUAAAAUGGGGUGAGUAUGUGGGCUCACCUAGUGCUCCUGACCCUGUGGUGUGUUUCAGCCAGCCACACGGAGAGUGCUUUGGCUCACUGUUGGCACUGCCUACCCGAGCCAUCUGUGGCCUCUCCUGCAAGUUCUGCCUUAUGAUGAUCUACAGCAAGGAGCAGGGUGUGAGAAGUAUGCAUAGCACAGAUAUCCAGUGGUCCGCUAUUCUCAGCUGGGGCUACUGUGACAAUACCCUGCGACUCAAGAGCAAGCAAAGUGAGCCACCCAUCAAUUAUAUCCAGUGUUCUCCGCUCCAUCAGGUAACAAGUUGUGCCUGGGUGUCUGAUGGUUGUCAGCUGUUUACAGGCAGUAAAUGUGGAGUCAUCACUGCCUACAGCAACCGCUUUGUGGCUUCUGAGAUGGAAGUCGAGUCUCAGGUUCACUUGUAUGGACAUACUGAUGAGGUCACAUGUCUUUUUGUCUGUAAACCAUACAGUAUCCUGAUCAGUGUCAGCCAAGAUGGAACAGGCAUCAUAUGGGAUCUCAAUCGCCUGUGCUAUGUGCAGAGUCUCACUGGCCACAAAAGUCCUGUGAAUGCUGUGUCAGCAAGCGAGACAACAGGAGACAUUGCGACUGUCUGUGACUCAGUGGGUGGAGGAAGUGAUUUGCGACUAUGGACAGUAAAUGGCGAUCUGAUUGGUCAUGUCCACUGCCGAGAGAACAUAUGCUCUGUUGCAUUCUCCAACCAGCCAGAGGGGGUCUCAGUUAAUGUGAUUGCAGGAGGUCUACAUAAUGGAGUUGUGAGGCUGUGGAGCACAUGGGACCUGAAGCCAGUGAGAGAGAUAACCUUUCCAAAGUCAAACAAGCCUAUAUUAAGUCUUACUUUCUCUUGUGAUGGACACCACCUGUACACAACGAACACUGAGGGCAUGGUGAUUGCUUGGUGUCGACGUGAUCAGCAGCGCAUGAAGCUACCUAUGUUUUACUCAUUCUUGAGCACCUAUGCUGCAGGCUGAAAGAGUGGUGACUACACUCAUUUACUGCUCUACAACCUUCAAAAAACUUCACAUUCUUAGAAUGAAAUGAGGCCUGCAUGAACCAUAUUAAAAGACCUGUGCCUCAAGGCAUGAGAAUCCCCACUUCGGAUAGGGCAUGUGUCCUAAAAGUAAAUGCACUGUAAAAAGAGUGCUGUGUAUCUUUGAUGAAGAUUGGAGAAUAUGUGUUUGUUGAGCUUUAAUCAUUUCUUUUUUCCUCAUGUUCUUUCUUCAUGCUUUGUUUCUUCUUCUACAUGUGUUAUGUAACACAUCUUUUAUUUUACUGGUUUAGUUUUUGGUUGUUGCAGUUGUACUUGUAGUUUUCUUUUUUUAACCACUCCAUGUUAUACAUAUUUGAUGGUGUUUUAUUUUGUGGUUUGACACUGCAAAUCUGGAUCUUUCUGAAAACCCAAAUGGCUUUAAAGCUAAUAUAAGCAUAUUUUUCCUAAUGCUCAUGUAUUCGCCCCAGCUAUACCAGCAGCUUUGGACUGUAAACGUGUGCAAGUUAGUGUCUGAGUAUGUUAGCAUACAGAAUUAAUUAUUUUGCUCUUAUGUUGCAGCAAAGUUGAGUGCAUGUACUGUAAUGGUAUUAAUUAAGAAUACUGGAGGUGGUAGAGAAAUAUUCCACCUUUCAAAAAAAAUAUAUAUAUAUAUUGAAUUCAAAACUUAGUCUUAUUGUGACAGCUAGAUGUAGCAUUGAAAUACCUGUCAAGGUCUGUCCCAUUCACUAAUUGCAUCCAUUUGCAUCCAAGAGUCCAUUUUGGAAAUCAUAUGAUAGCCACACUGUUAAACCUUAUGUGUUUUGAUAGUGUGAAAACAGUAAUUUGACUUAAAUAGAUGAUCAUUUAAUGAUUUGGCCGCAUUUGUCUCACUAACACUUUAUUUUUUAAGAAAGGGAAAAUAAAAGCAAUUUCAAAAUUAAGAACUAUUAAGAAUUAAGAACUACUACAGUUUUUGUUUCCUUAUUAUGCUUUCUUAGGACUGCAUUUCCAUUCCUGUACAUUUUAUCUGAGAAUAAAUGGGGGUGGUGUUUUUUCA